AGUAUGUCCUUCACAAAUCAGUCAAACUCUACUGUUAACCUACAACGUCAGACCAUCUUGGGCAUAGUGGUUGUUUCCAUCGUGACCACACUGCCUUGUUGUGUGUUUCUCUUCAUUAAUGGGACCAUGUUGUUCACUCUGAGGAGUAAAACUGUGUUUCAAGAGACUCCUUGUUAUAUUCUGGUGUAUAACCUUCUUUUUGGAGACACGAUACAGAUGGCGCAGAGUCAGUCAAUAUUUCUAAUCUCUGCUUUUAGGGUAAUACUGUUGUAUCCUGUGUGUGCUGUACUAGUAGUAAUUAAUGCUUCCUCACAGGAUGUUUCUGUUCUAACACUGGUGCUGAUGUGUCUGGAGAGAUACGUAGCUGUGUGUUAUCCCAUGAGGCACGCUGCUGUCAUCACCGUCAGAAACACUGGAGUAGCUAUUGGUGUUAUUUGGACCUUCAGUUUUGUAAAUGCUUUGAUUAAACUUAGUUUAAUGCUAAAUUUUCCUCUAGAAGAACUGAAGCAAAUGCAAAUGAAAGACUUUUGUGGUAAAGAUAGUAUGUUUCUUGAUCCAUUGUCCGCGCUUUAUGACAAAGCAUCAACUUAUUUUAUUUUUGUUUUAGCAUGUGUGUCUGUCGGUUUUUCCUACAUCGGUGUCAUGGUAGCAGCCAGAUUAGCCUCCACAGACAAAGCUUCAGCUAAGAAGGCUCGGAACACACUACUGCUGUAUCUGGUGCAGCUGGGCCUCAGUAUGUCCUCACUUGUACACACUCCACUGCUCAUAGUGAUCUCUAAAACUCUGGACAGGUUAACAGCUGUGUACAUAAUGAUAUUACUUUAUGUUGUACUCAUCAUCUUUCCUAAAUGUCUGAGUUCCCUCAUCUAUAGUCUCAGAGACAAGACUAUCAGACCUGUCCUGAUGUUUAAUCUUGGCUGCCGGUGCCUUUAA